CUCCAUCCAUCUUCUGCUCUUUUAUCUCGAACGCGCUCCGAUCGACUGAUCGUGGGACUGAGACAUUUCCGGCGCAUAUUUCCGGUCACCGGCGUCCGUGCACAUCGCAGUCUUCAUCCAUCAGAGAGUUUUUUUGCAUCAGAUCUAAGGUCGAGCCAUAAUGACAGUUUCAGACGACGAAGACGAGAGUCUCGCUCAGUUCCUCGAAUCUGAGGUUCUCUCCGAGGUCUCAGAUCAGGAAGAGAAGAAGACGGAAGAAGUAGAGGAGGAGAUGGAGCCACAAUCGAAGAGAUUGCGUAAGGAGGGCGACCACGAUGAUGGAAAAUCAAUCAUAUUAUCAUCGUCAUCACCAUCACCAUCACCAAUUCAAUUUCAAAUUCCUUCCCCCUCGAAGAGUAAGAUGAUCAUUAGCAGUUCCAGUAACAGUGGCGAGAGUCUGAACAACAACUCAACAUCGAGGAGGAUAGAAACGGGUUGUUUUAGCAAGGUUCCUCCUGAACUCUUCCAUCACAUCCUCAAAUUCCUCUCCUCAGAGGAUCUUGUUACAUGCUCACUGGUCUGUAGAUUCCUCAACUAUGUUGCCUCUGAUGAAUCCUUAUGGCGUCGCCUGUACUGCAUGCGAUGGGGUCUGCUUCCCCCAACCAAAAAGUUGAGGGAGUCUGCUUGGAAAAAACUUUACAUUCAGCGUGAUGAAGAGGACAUGGUUGAAUUUGUUAGGAAUUGCCCUUCCGAGUUCAAAGACUAUUACAUUCAAAUGCAGGCAGCAAAGAGAAGCCAAACGCCCCUUCCAUCACAGGUGAAUGAUGACCGAAUAAUUCUUGACAAGACUGUUGGUGAUCAAGUUUCUAUAUGGAAAAGGAGUAGAGGCCUGGCUGAUAAGGUGGUCUCUGACCAUAAUUGCUCUGGGGAAACAUGUUCUUACUAUCAAAUUGGAGACGUGUUUGUUUGUGAGGAGACUGGGCAUGUUCAUGUUUGUGAUGAUACAUGCAGAGAAGUUAUUUUGGACCCAACAAAUGAGCUUUUGGUUUGCACGAUUUCUGGGCAUUGUUUUGAUAGAUUACUGUCACCAGCUGAAAUGGAACCAGACCCUGAACAGCAGCAAGGUGGUGGUUCAGAUGAAGCGGAGCCAUUCAUGGGAUCUGGCCGUUUUGCGCGAGCUUACCUGUUAGGAUACAACUGUGCUGAUGAGAAGGAGCUUGAAGCUGCUUUGAGGUUUUGCUGAUGGAAAUUUGCCUCUUAGGUGGAUGUUAUGGCCUUUGGAGAAAUGUUGUAGUUUACUAUUUAGAAGUGUAUGUCUUAAUGAUGUAGUACUAUUUAUAGAACCAUGAAAUAGUCACUUGCAAGUUUGGGAAAAUGUUCUGGUUGCUUUCCCUAUUGAGCCUUUUUUUAUUGUUAUUUAAGUAUAAUGGUCUUCCCAAUUUCAAUUCUUUUGCCUUGCUGCUUCACACUGAAGCUGGAUCACAACAUCGGCGGGACACAAUCAAUGUACAUUUGUUCAGAUGGAAUGAUCUCUCUUCUAUAAAGGGGAGGUUGAGUAUUCGAGUCCUGUUAGGAGUAAUAUUAUGGAUGUGUGCAUUUGUUUGAACUUUUAGAAGGGGGGUUUGAACUUUUAGAAGGGGGUAGUGGGCACAUCUAUUGAAUUGAUAGUUAAUAUUGCUGAAUAUUGAAAUCUUCACUAGAUUUGAUGUCUUGUUUAUUUUGAUUCACAUGCUCCAACUGAUAUGCAUGGCGAUGGGUUAUUGUAUAUAAAGCUGCUACCCAAUGUGGUCUUGUUGAACAUUUAAUCUGUGUCAGAAUUUAUAUAACUUUAUUGUCUUCAGACUUGAA